AUGAGCACCUUCAUGGUUCAUCAAAAUUCGUUCGGCAACGCUUCUCUGGAGGGUGAUAGCAGCUCACGUAAAGCAGCUGGGAUCGUGGUUCUUAGAGACAUUGAAAUUGGUCUCAAGAAUGCACCGAAACAAAAGAAGGGAAUUGCUGGGCUGUUUCACAAUAGGGCAAAGAUAUCAGCAACAUUUGAAUUAGGCAAUCGAAAGCUCGAAACAAUAACUGUCUCCCUAGAUGAAGCGAAAUCGGCGCAGUGGUUUGAACAUAUGUUGUUAGAGGUAUAUCCUCCAACAUCAACUAUUCUCUCUGUGGUUUGCUUCAAUGCCAACGAGAGAGGGAUGAAUGCAAUUAUGGGAGAAUGUAGAGUAGACCUCACCAAAUAUCGUAUUUUGAAUGAUUUAUUUCCCGUUGUCGUUGUUGAAAAUUUAAAUAGUCAUGGUGAAAUAGUCGGUCAAGUUCGAUUCCAGAUGGUUCUUAUGCUUCCAGGUCCCCCACGGACUCUUGCUCAGGAUGUAUUGGCAUCGGAUUUAAAAGGACAUCGUAUUGCCAUGGCCGUCAUCCGCAAUGUUAAAAGCCAUAGGAUGAUCCGACACGAUGCGCAUCUAGAGUUUUCUCUAUCAGACCCUGGCGAUCAUGAACCAGGGUCGACGUAUACAACUUAUCCGUUCUGGAAAGUAUCCGAUCGGAAGUGGACACGUCUGAUCUGUAUGGACUUGGUAGCUUCUGGGGAUGUCGUGCUGACAGUCAAAUGCAAGACAAACCCUGUGGCCAAGCCUACUUCUAGGACUGUUGUUCAUAUUUUUUCAAAUAUUGCCGUUUGGUCUGAACUUUCCAAGGGUUCGUUUGCUGAUGGUCGCGGCGUUAAUAUUGGUCAAGCAAAGUUUCUAGAGGCUGGUGGGGCUGCGGGCGUUGCCGAAAUUGAACUAUCUAUUCACGAACUGGCAACUUGGGAUGCGAUUCUCGGGGAUGACAGAUGCUAUUCUUUUGGCCCGCCAGAGAGGCAUAUGACAAUGCCUCCUUAUUCAAUGGAUGUUAACGUUUCAGAAGACUCUGGAGUAGGUUUCCGAAGGCCAUCGAAUAAUGAAAGGACGAUGUCAUCAGCAAGCAACAGCAUGCGCUACAGGCUUAGAGACGAACCGGUUGGUUAUCCGAACAAUGAUGUCGACUAUUCUCUGAGCCGUGAAACUUCAAGAACGACGCUCAGAAGUACUACCGUGCCUAUUGAUCGCAGAGGGACUCGGCCCGUUAUGUCCCACUCUGGCUAUAACAUUCCCAUCACGAGUUCGCCUGACCAUAGCACGUUGCCAUCACCGACGGCGAGCCAGAUAUGUCUACCAUCGCCAGAAGUCAGACCAUUAGAUAAUCAAUCAACCAGUUACAGUAAUCCAGUGUCUCCUACUAGCGGAGCGUUUAUUUACAGGACGGACACUAUGAACACUAAUAGUUCAUAUAAUACGCAAUUUCAACAACCUAUGGAAAGUGCCAUUGGGAGUUUGGCUUGUAAACUUUACAGAAUACAGGCACCUUUGGAGUUUCCACGGGAAUCAGUGGAUCCGCAGCAUAAUUUACAUAGGAACAGGUUAUAUUUGGCCAUCCACUACUGCGAACAAGUCGCUGUAGUAGUCAAAUUGUUCAACAGCAUGAGCCUCUGGCAUAAUGAAAAUAAGUACCUCGACGAAUUGCGGGGCAGUCACAUAGUUAAAUGGAAGGGUUACAGCUUCGAGCAGGGUUUAAACGGAUAUGUAUCUGUCACCAAGUAUUACGACGGGAAAUCGCUGUUAGCUGGAGCGGAUAGAUAUGCAGCCGAGACCGCAUUCAAGCCUAUUUUCGAGUCCAUUUGUAAGGCCGUAGCCUUCAUUCAUGAGAAGGGUGUUGUACAUCUAGAUCUGAAACCAUCAAACAUAAUAUUUGAAUCCAGAACCUCUAGGGAAAUUCGAAUAUGUGAUUUUGAGUUUGCACGACCUGCCGGAACCGAAGCCGCUGAAAUGUAUUUCGACCAUCACCUCACACCCGGGUUUUCUGCACCGGAACUUUUUCAAAACCACGUCGUCGCAGAAUAUUCUGCCGACGUAUUCAGCCUUGGCUGUAUAUUUUAUUACAUAACUCGCAGAAGACCUUUGUUCGAGACAGAGCAAGAUUUGAAACGACCGGUCCUUUCCCCGGUUGAUGGAGAAAUUCAAGAUGAGGAUGCAGCCCGAUUAAUUACAUCGAUGUUAGAUAGGAAUCCGAGCGCGAGACCGACUAUGCAAGAAGUUUUACAAGAUCCAUAUUUUGAUGCUGCUUAUAGUCAUAGGUUUAGCCAGUUUUAG